AAUACCCAUGCAGAUCACCACGUGGUUGUCUUAUUCCUUUAUAUUUAACCUCUACAUUUUCAUUUUCGUAAAUAACUUAAAAACAUGCCCAAACUAAUGUCUUGCAAAUCCACCGCCACCGCCAUCACUAGCGGUUCCUCGCCACCUCCUCCGCCUCCAUGGGAGGUUCUUGUUCUUCUUGCUCAUCAUCUUGAUCCCAAAACCCUAGCGGUUGGCUCUUGUGUUUCCACGUCAUGGCAAAGUUGCAUGUCGUUAGAUCACAUUUGGGAGUCGUUUUGCUCUACGCAUUAUCCUUCCAUCUCUCAACUCAAACUCGCUAACCGCUUAAUACCUUAUCAUCGCCUCUACGCCAUGGCUUACACCGCCGCCAAACGGCGUGAAAAGAAGCCGCCGAAGCCCCAACUUUCGCUAGACAAGCUCAUAUUCGUUGUUACUAUAACCACAAAAGACGGCCGUCAUUCAAUUGUUAGCACCGCAAAGCCAGGAAGUGAAUUGGAUCAGAACAAGCAUAACGGGGUUUUUCGGUUCGAUAUUGAUGUCAAUAACAGUUGGUAUAUCGAUGGUGCGGACGAUAAACAUGAUGUGAAAAUUUCAUGGAAUGUGGUGGCGGAGGGGUGGAGUGAGGUUUUUUGUAUGAUGGAUUUGGAUGGGAAAGUGGGACGGAUCAACAGCAGCAGCGGCGGUGAAGGGUGGUUCUCGGCGGAGCUUCCACGUCCGGAGUGUUGGUUGGGUGAUGAUGCAAUGAAUAGCGGGAUUGUAGCGGAUGUGAAGUUGAAGUUUAGCAGUGAUGAUGAUAAAAAAGGUGAGAAAUGGGUUAGGGUUGAUAAGGUGAGUGUUGGUAUUAUGAGUACUGUUAAUUGGAGAUAUGUGUGCAUUGAAAAUGGACUUAGGUACUUGCAACAAUUUCUUGUAUCAUAAAGUGUUGUGUACAUGUAAUGUUUUAUUUUGUUUGAUAAUCAAUGUACUCUAUUUUCUUUUAAACAUA